AAACAAAUCACUCAUGACCUUCCAUUGAUUUUCCUCAACAGUUGAAUUGAAAUUACAUAUAAUCUCAAACAAAGGAGGUGCAUGUAUUCCUGAUCCUGUACCCCACAACACAUCGAAUAAUAUCUUAUCCAAAACACCACGUGAUUCGCGUGAUGUUGUUAGUUACAGUACAAAAAUUGCUAACGUGGCAAGUACGCAUACCGUGUUACCAUACCCCGCCACCACACAGAACCAUAACUCGACACGUUUGCUUCUACACGUAUACAAGGUGCAUCGUCAUAACAUAAAGUUAUAAACCGAAUAUAUUCACUUUGGAUUGGGUCUCACAUUUUGCCUAAUAAUCUAAGGAGUAUUAAUUCUUCUUCUGCUACUUCCAGUUUUUUGUUACCAAUUGAAUUGCAAAAUUCUCUUACCGCAUACAGACAAUGACAUCUUCAGUGAUUGAAGGUGGACACGAUGAUGGUAGUAAUAGUAAAAAUGAACCGUCGGAUUUGAUAGAAGAAAAAAUGAAUCCGACGGUUGUAAACCUUUCAAUUCCUAAUGAAACAUUCUUAAAAGCAGCAAUUUCUCUCAAGGACGAGGUGGUGGAGGUGACAUGGAAACGGCGAGAAGUGGUUGAUCCGACGGUGUAUACUGGUUUGCUUGGGACGGCGUUCACUUGCCUGAGAUCGUACGAGGUUACCGGUUGCCGUGAGGACUUGGUGUUAUGUUCGGAGAUUAUUGACACAUGUACCACUGUUGCACGCGCCUCCAUAAGACACGUGACUUUUUUGUGUGGUAGAGGAGGCAUAUACGCGCUUGGAGCUGUCGUUGCUAAUUACAUGGGGGACCUCCAAAAACGUGACCUGUUUUUGGGUCUAUUCAUUGAAGUGGCAAAAGAGGAAGCCCUGCCUAUUGGACCCGAGGAAGGUGGUUUCGGAAUGUCAUAUGAACUUCUAUAUGGACGAGCUGGAUUCUUAUGGGCCGCAUUAUUCGUAAACAAGCACCUUGGAGAUGACACAGUGCCCAAAGACAUUCUAAUGCCUAUUAUUGAUGCAGUAUUAGCUGGUGGUAGAGCAGGAGUGUCUGAUAUUAAAGAUUGUCCAUUGAUGUAUCGAUGGCACGGGACUAGGUACUUGGGUGCAGCAAAUGGUCUUGCUGGUAUUCUUCAUGUGCUCCUUCAUUUUCCACUUCCAAGUGAAGAUGCUGAGGAUGUCAAAGGAACUUUGAGAUAUUUGAUAAGUAGAAGGUUCCCUCAUAGUGGAAAUUACCCUUCAAGUGAAGGGAAUCCAAGAGAUAAGUUAGUGCAGUGGAGUCAUGGUGCAACUGGGAUGGCCAUUACAUUGUCUAAAGCAGCACAGGUUUUUCCAAAUGACAGGGAAUUGCGAGACGCAGCAAUAGAAGCCGGGGAAGUUGUAUGGAAAAGUGGAUUGGUGAAGAAAGUAGGACUUGCUGAUGGAGUAUCUGGAAAUGCCUAUGCUUUUCUUUCACUCUACAAACUAACAAAAGAUAGUAUAUAUGAAGAGAGGGCAAAAUCAUUCUCUUGUUUCUUAUAUAAUAAUGCUAGAGCUUUGGCAGUGGAAGGGCAAGAACUUACUGGUGUCAAUGGUUACUCUCUCUUCCAUGGACUUGCUGGGACAGCAUGUCUUUGGUUUGAUUUGAUUGCACCUGAUAAAUCUAGGUUUCCUGGAUAUGAAUUAUAGAUGGUGUUAUAGAAAUAAUUGUUGCCUUGUAAUAGGAAUAUACUCUGUGAAUAUGGCAGAUAAUAUGUGCUAAAAACCUUGUACCAAAAGCAAAGUAUUAUAAGCCGGAUUAUAAUACUUGUUUAACUUGCUAUGCUUGGCAAGUAAGGUUAGAAAUUCAUGAUGAAUCUAAAUGCUCUUAUUUCUCGUCUUUUUAAAGCUA